GAAAAAGAUCCCAUAGUAGCGUAAGCGCCAACCCCAAUCUAAUUCCCCCCGCUCCCACCGUACGGCUUCAAUCGCUAGCUCAGCCACCGGUUCCAUCGCCGCCGUCGGAUCCCCUCGCGCACACCAUCGCAUCCUCCCUUCCGCUCAUCAGAUUGUCCAAAGCGUUUCUUUUCUUCCUUCCUCUCUCAUUGUUUGAUUCCUCUCAUUCGCUCUCAACGGUCGGCUCGGAAUCUAUUCGCUCUCUCGGCGCCGCGGCGGAGGUUGGAGGAGCAAUGGCGGCACCGGCGUGGCUGGAGCCGCUGCUCGGGACGGAGUUCUUCUCGGGGUGCCCCGUGCACGGGGAAGCGCCGCGGAGCGAGUGCAACAUGUACUGCCUCGACUGCAAUGCCGGCGCCUUCUGCUUCUACUGCCGCUCCGCCCGCCACAAGGACCACCACGUCGUACAGAUACGGAGGUCGUCGUACCACAACGUCGUGCGGGUGGCGGAGAUACAGAAGGCGGUGGACAUUGGCGGGGUCCAGACCUAUGUGAUCAACAGCGCGAGGGUCAUCUUCCUGAACGAGCGGCCCCAGCCCAAGGCGGGGGCCACUUCCGGGAAUCGCGGAGGUGGGGUUGGGGCCGGAGGCGGCGGAGGAGGAGCGGCUCACCACCACCACAACCACACUUGCGAAAUCUGCGGCCGGAGCCUCCUGGAUGCGCUCCGCUUCUGUUCGCUCGGCUGUAAGCUUGCAGGAGUAAAGAGAAACGGGAAUGCAAGCUUUAACUUGGGAGCUGCGGAUGGGAUGCCCGUGGAGAGAAGAGAAGGCAUAACUUCAUCGAGGAGGGGAGUCUCCUCAGGGGAGGAACAAGAGCAUCAAUUCCAUGAGUCCUCGCGUGGGAAAAGCUCGUACUCAUCGAACCACCAGCCAUCUCCCUCGGCCACGCGCAGCAGAAGAAAAGGCAUCCCACACCGAGCACCUUUCGGGUGCUAGCCCACUCAUUCCGAACGAUAUUUAAGUAAUUCUCAGGAACAUCCGGCACGAUGUACUGAGUGAUUACCAAAGGAUAUAACUUGGUGAGUAUAAUUAACCGAUGCGAUCCUCUCUUUUAGUCGCUUUCGCAUCACAUUAUUGGAGAAUACGGGUUUGGAAAGGUUGUUAGUGUGACUUUAUGGGAUGGUGAUUGGUGGCCAAAGAUACAAAAUGGCAAAGUAAAUUAUGGCUUUUUUUCCUUAUUUUUCAACAGGGAAGGGAAGAGUUUGGGGACCCAAAAUGCAACAAAAAUUCCCCCCCUUC